AUGUCUGGCUGUUCGCUGUACAGUUAUCCUGGAAAGCAAUGUUAUCAAUUACAGUGUCUACAUGGAAUUGUUUUAAUACGCAAUGUGGCCUCGACCGUGAAAUCGAACUUGACUUAUGGUUCUUGUCGCCAAACAAGGGCUCUAAUGAAAUGGACUAAGCAUGGCUGCACUUGCUUGCUGAUUCCCGGACUUGACCCUCCUCUCGAUAUAACAAUAUUUGUGGAUAUAUCUGUUAAUCCUGGCCCUCAAUCUGUGAAACGAAACCUUGAGGAGAACUGUAGUAUGUGUAAAGAACCUAGUUUGCAUAUUGCUUCUCGUAUAGCGACAACAACAUAUUCUCGGGCUGAUCUUAUGUCGAUUCGCGUUGGCACUCGCUGUUUAGUUUCUUCGUUCGUUUGCUAUCAGCUGAAAUCUAACGGUCUCCUAAGAUUUAGAGGGAAAAGAGCGGGCAAACGUAAGAUUACAACAAGAAUAACUUUGAGAAAUCAAACCCGUUUUAAAAACAACACGUUUUUGGACGGUAAUUAUGAAUAUUUUAGUCAUGCAGACGUGACCCGCAACAAAAGUAUCGGUGGUUUGGUAAGAAAUUACAACAAUUUAAUCAUAGUUAAAACAUCUGAUCUCCCUGAUAAAAAUUGCAUUUCUGACUCGUUCUACUCAAAGUUUGCACUCUGGAAUGCCCGGUCACUAACACGGAAAACAGCGCUCGUGUGCGAUUAUAUUCUUUCAGAAAAGAUUGACGUAUUUGUCGUGACAGAAACUUGGCUUAAAGAGUCGACCAGGGCUGUGGCUGAUAUAACGAAUACGCUGCCAGACCAUCAACUAUUCAACAAACCUAGAAUUGGGCGUGGUGGGGGUGUUUGUGUCAUACUGAAGAAAGGCUAUAGUGUGAGACAAUUGACCCUUCCCUCAUUUAGAUCGUUUGAGUAUAUUGCUUUAUCUGUCAGCUGUGGGUCCACUUGUUUGUGUAUCGUUGCGGUGUAUCGACCACCUCCAUCAAAGAAAAAUGGCUUGUCUGCAGACAUUUUCUUCAAUGAGUUCCCAAUUCUCAUUGAGAAUCUGGCCGCCCUGCCUGGUCGAUUGCUAGUGGUUGGUGAUUUCAAUUUUCAUCUCGAUAAUGUUUCAACAAACCGUGAUGCCAUCCUGUUUCUUGAUCUUUUGGAUUCUAAUAACUUGAUACAGCAUGUCGAAACCCCAACUCACAACCGUGGUCACCUUCUUGAUCUCGUGAUUACUCGCAACUCAGAUACUGUUAUAUCCGAUAUAAGCUCAUCAUUGCAGCUUCCCUCAGAUCAUGCUGUAAUUACUGGUCGAAUCUCUGUUCCCCGCCCUAAAUCCACAAGAAUGUUUGUGAACCACCGAAAACUUCGGAAUAUUGACUUGUGUGCUUUUGCCCAAUCUAUUUGCGCAUCGUCUAUCAUCACUGAACCUUGCUCUGACCUGGACUCGUUAGUCCAUCAAUACAAUACUGACCUAACGAAUGUUCUGGAUAUGCAUGCUCCUGCACGCCCAAGAUUCGUCACCCUCCGACCGCAUGCUCCAUGGUUUGAUGAUUCUCUUCGAGAGGCUAAGGCAAAGAAAAGGAGUUAUGAAAGGAAAUAUAGAUCUUCUGGUCUUGAAAUUGAUAAACAGAUUUUUAAAGACUAUUGUAACGGCUAUUAUCGUCGUCUGAACGAUGCAAAAACAUCAUACCAUCGAAAUCGUUUUAGUAAUGUUGACCAGCGGUCUCUUUUUCGUGAAGUAGAAAAGAUGACCAGUGGAAAAAGGACAAACAUUUUCCCCUCUUCUCUGGUUGACCCAGCCGAUCAAUUCUUAACUUACUUUAAUGAUAAGAUUCGCAAUCUUCACAGUAAAUUAUGCGAACUUCCUGUCUUAGAACCAAAUAUUCAUCUCCCUCCAUGCACAUGCAGCUCAAGUUUUUCAUCUUUCUUGCCUGUAACAGAGACCUACAUUAAGCAGAUUGUUUUGAAAUCUCCUACAAAGUUUUGUGAAUUAGAUCCAAUCCAAACUGUGGUUCUGAAACAAUGUCUUCAUGUGGUCUUAACACCUAUUACGAAUAUUGUUAAUUUAUCUUUGGGCGGUGGUUCCAUGCCAGAUGCUUUGAAAGUUUCCCAACUUGCACCUGUCCUAAAGAAAAUAUCGAUGGAUCCUGAAGAUAUGAGUAGUUUUCGUCCAAUCUCAAAUUUACAGUUUAUCUCGAAGACGAUCGAACGAGUCGCAUCUCCCCAACUUAUCGAUUAUCUAAUGGAAAAUAAAAUAUAUCCAAAUCUCCAAUCUGCGUUCAGAAAGGGAUAUAGCACUGAAACAGCUCUUUUACGUGUUCAAAACGAUCUCUUAGAGGCACUUGAUUCUGGCCAUCAAGCUCUUCUAGUAAUGCUCGAUUUUUCUGCAGCUUUCGAUACAAUUGACCAUCAAAUUCUACUUGGCCGUCUGAAAUCUCGCUUUGGAAUUUGUGGUACAGCUCUAUCCUGGUUUUGGUCAUAUCUCACAUCUCGAACUCAGUAUGUAAAAGUAAACGGUAAAACUUCGGCAACAACUCCGCUAUUACAAG